GCACUUCCGCCGGGCUCGGGUUUCCUCCGACUCGGCAUUUAAAUUGAGCUGCAGGACAUCAGCUGCUGCUACAUUCAGCGCUGUGCUGUGACAGAAAAUAACCCGUGAUGCUAGUUAAACAGGCUACUCGUUAUCUUUGACACGAAUACGACAUAAAUAAUUGUUUGGUCUGGAGCAGAACUGCGGUGUUUUGUGGAGAGAAGAGCGGGAGCGGCUGAACAAUAACGGCGGGUUGCUCUUUGACAGCAGCACGGUGCAUCAUAUUUGGGAUUCCUCUGCUAGCUGCUGGACGAAAUUGAAUAGCGGAAACGUGAUGCUGGGGAUGAGCAGCAUGAAUUAGGCUUUUUGGACAGCAUUUGUUUACUUAAAAAAAAAAAAGAUAAGUAAACAAAAACAAACUCAUUGAAUGUGGUGUUUUAUCUUCAGUGGCCUGGACCUGGGAGGACCUCUCGAUGAUGAGUGUGUUUUUGAAGGGUCCAUUUUAAAUUUACUCAAAAAGACAUAAAUAUUGUUUUCUUAAAAUUUAGACAUUGGUUGAGACAGUAUUUCGAAAAAGCCUGAAUUUUGACUGAAUAUAACUUUUGGCUGACCGUCAAUAUUAUCAAUAACAACAGUUACCAGUGUGGCAGGACAGACUGAAUAUCUUGAAUAAAAAUAACAGGAUUUAAAAGGGCUUUUUAAAACAUUAAAUAUAAUAUAACCUUCAGAAAACAACAUUAUAUAUUGUUUUUGGUUAUAGGUUGACCUUGUUAAUAAGGUCAGAUUUUCUCCAUGAACGUUUGGAAAUAAUUUUAAUGUAAAGCUUUUUGUCUCAUUUGUGAGGAAACAUCUCUCUCUUCUUGACUUAAAGACAAGUUUAAAACCCCUCAAGGGCAUAGCAAACAAAAGCAGCUUUAGCCAGUUUCACUGUUUAGAUUCAAUACUCCAGUCAACAAGCAUCCAGUAACAAUGUUCAGCUGGCUCGGGAACGACGACAGGAGGAAGGAGCCAGAAGUCUUUCAGACUGUCAGUGAUGGACUUAAGAAGCUCUACAAAACCAAACUCCUGCCGCUGGAGGAGGGCUACAAGUUCCACGAGUUCCACUCUCCAGCUCUCGAGGAUGCAGAUUUUGACAACAAGCCCAUGGUCCUACUGGUGGGACAGUACUCUACAGGCAAGACCAGCUUCAUUCGCUACUUGUUGGAGCAGGAUUUUCCCGGAAUGCGGAUCGGCCCUGAACCCACCACAGAUUCCUUUAUCGCGGUGAUGCACGGCGACACAGAAGGUGUCAUCCCUGGCAACGCUUUGGUGGUUGAUCCCAAGAAGCCCUUCAGAAAGCUAAACGCGUUUGGAAAUGCUUUCCUAAACAGGUUUGUGUGUGCCCAGCUGCCAAACCCAGUGCUGGAAAGCAUCAGCGUGAUUGACACACCAGGGAUCCUGUCAGGGGAAAAACAGAGAAUUAGCCGAGGCUAUGACUUUGCGGCAGUCUUGGAGUGGUUUGCAGAGCGAGUGGACAGGAUCAUAUUACUGUUUGACGCCCACAAACUGGACAUCUCUGAUGAGUUCUCAGAGGUGAUAAAGGCCCUAAAGAACCAUGAAGACAAGAUCAGGGUUGUGCUGAACAAGGCUGACCAGAUAGAGACCCAGCAGUUGAUGAGAGUGUACGGUGCCCUGAUGUGGUCGCUGGGGAAAAUAGUCAACACGCCUGAGGUGAUCCGUGUCUACAUCGGGUCCUUCUGGUCCCACCCGCUGCUGAUUCCAGAGAACAGGAAGCUGUUUGAAGCAGAGGAACAGGAUUUAUUCAAGGACAUUCAGUCUUUACCAAGGAAUGCAGCCCUCAGAAAACUCAACGAUCUAAUAAAGAGGGCCAGACUAGCUAAGGUCCAUGCUUACAUCAUCAGCUCGCUGAAGAAAGACAUGCCCUCUGUGUUCGGGAAGGAGAACAAAAAGAAAGAACUGAUCGCCAGCCUGGGAGAUAUUUACAAACGAAUAGAAAGAGAGCAUCAGAUAUCACCUGGAGAUUUUCCUAAUCUAAAGAAGAUGCAGGACCAACUCCAAGCUCAGGAUCUCAACAAAUUUCAGCCUCUGAAGCUCAAACUCUUGGAGGCAGUGGAUGACAUGCUGGCCAAUGACAUCGCUGGUUUAAUGGUCCUGGUCCGCCAAGAGGAAAACCAGCGUCCCAACGCAGUCGUGAAGGGAGGUGCAUUCGAUGGCACUUUGAACGGCCCGUUCGGACACGGGUAUGGCGAAGGGGCCGGUGAAGGCAUCGACGAAGCAGAGUGGGUUGUUGCACGGGACAAACCUGCUUAUGACGAGAUCUUCUACACAUUAUCUCCUGUCAACGGGAAGGUAACGGGAGCCAACGCCAAGAGGGAGAUGGUGAAGUCAAAACUGCCAAACACAGUCCUGGGAAAGAUCUGGAAGCUGGCAGAUAUCGAUAAGGAUGGGAUGCUGGAUGAUGAGGAGUUUGCUUUGGCUAAUCAUCUGAUAAAAGUGAAACUGGAGGGACAUGAACUGCCAUCAGAACUGCCUUCACACCUGGUGCCUCCUACCAAGAGGAAAAUACCUGAGUAGAUUUAAGAUUAUGUAACCAUCUGCCCCCUACGCCUGUAAGUAGACCCCCCUCCUCCACCCAGAGAAAAAUAUCCACAUUAGAAUAUGACUAUUCAUGUAGCAUAAUAGCAAAAUAAAUGACAUUUCCAGUGUCCUGAGCUUUGUUGCUGGCAUUUCUGCAUUUCAGUCUGUCAGCCUUUCCUUGAAGUGAAAACUAUUAAAGCAAACAUUCAGUCACAUUCUGAUGAAAAUCAAGUCAAUGGAUGCUUAGUGACGGACACCAUUGCUGUUUCUGCAGUGCUGAAAAAGCUUGUAGCCGAGUAGAUCUGGGUCUUAACAAGUCAAGUUGUUAGCCUGAUGCCCUUUUUUUUUUUAUUUCAGGGUGACAUAUUAAGAGUAGUUACUGUCAACAGUGGUUAGAGAGAUGAUAGGACAUCUGAUACGGCAUUUAGUUAAAAGGAAGAAACACUGGAAUAGAGUAAAAUGUAAAUUGAUUCAAACUACUGGAAGCAAAUCGAGGCGAUGCAUACAUGUGAAGACAUACAGAGAGAGAAUAAAGGUUAUUUUUCAGAAAGAUCAUUUCAGGUGAAUGGAGACUGUGAGAAGAUCACAAACAAGCAAAUAAACAGUUUUAUCACAGUAACAAGUGGCUCAAACAUGAUUUUUUUUUAAAAAUGUAUGUUAUCAAUACAGUAAAUGUUGUUUGACUACAAAGACUGUGUAGCAAAUACAGCCACCCACAAUGACCACAGCUUUGCUGAUAUGAUUCUUAAAGUAUUAGAAUUUUCAUAAAAUAUCUUUUGGAGAUUUUAAAUGUGAUGGUCAGAUUAGUGUGUGUGAGAAUCAGAGUUUAUAGGCUCGCCAUUGUUAAGUGUAGCAUCUGGACGGACCGACUGCGAUAAAGAAAGAAAACGUUUCUCUCUCUCAUGGUAAACAAACUAAAUGACAAGUACUUUGCCUCUUCUUAACAGUUCUAAAUACUCUAAAUAUCCUAAACCUGAUCUGAAAUACUGUGACGAAUGACUAUGAUUAAAAAAAAAAAAAAAAAAAAACGCAUUGGAUGUUGUUUGGACAAGAGCGUACCGACAUCCUCCAUAUUUGAAUGUCUAAUGUUCACAGUUCCGCGUGGGCACAUCCUUACUCUUGUAUGCAUAUGAUCACAUGUAUGUUUUCUUGUUUGUAACAUUAGCAUUACACAUGCUACUGAGGUGAAAAGUAUUCCAGUGGAUGAAAGUAUUCCAGUGGGUUAUUGAUAGAAAUGUAUCUAAUCUAAUCUAACCUGACAGUCCAGAUAGUCAACGCAGACGUGUGUGCUUAUUUUGUGAUGCUAACAAAAAGCUAACCGAGACAUUUUCUUAUGUUUUCUGUUUUUGAAUGGAAUUUGGCUUUCAACUGUUUCACAUGUUUAAAUUGUUGACGUGUUAUAUAUGUAACCUCUCUUCACAAUGUUGCUCAUUAGCUGUAGCAUUAUGCCAGUAUGUAUAACUGUAUAUAAGCUUCAUGUUAGGACCAUUUCUGGAGUUAAGCAGUGACAGUUGUAACACUAAACUACAUUUGGAUUUCCAGACAGUGUUCACCCACUAAGAGCUGCAGAAUCAACAGAAAUAUUUCCAGCUUAUGGCCCCCUGUUUGCCCCCUCCCAGUGUCUGCAUACUGUUACUGUGAAUCAACUGUACAUAAUAAAGACUGUUUGCAUUCCAUGAACACAGGUUGGGAAAUCAUGUGCAUCAUCUUUGGCGCUUUGCUAGUUUGGAAUUUAUAGACAAGCCACAUCUGAUCAACGAGCACGACACAAGAUGCUUAGAUUCUCUUCAAAACAAAGUCCUUCAGAUAAACAAGUUGUCUUCAUACUUCUCACUGAUUACAUCAUGAAGUGCUGUGAACUGGGAGAUACUGGUGUUGUUUCUGUUGUAAGAUGGUUUUGCAUUGCAAAAUCCACACUUCACUGCUCUACUGUCAACAUAUUCAACAGUGCAAAAGUGUAUUAAAGAAUAUCUACUCUC